AUGGCAAGUGCCCCUCCUGAACAGAAUCAGAAUCACUGCUCAGCCAUAAACAACAGCAUCCCACUGAUGCAGGGCAACCUCCCCACACUGACAUUAUCUGGAAAGAUCCGAGUGACGGUUACUUUCUUCCUUUUUCUACUCUCUACAACUUUUAAUGCUUCUUUCUUGUUGAAACUUCAGAAGUGGACUCAGAAGAAAGAGAAAGGAAAAAAGCUUUCGAGAAUGAAGAUGCUUUUAAAACAUCUGACCUUAGCCAACCUGUUGGAGACUCUGCUUGUCAUGCCACUAGAUGGGAUGUGGAAUAUUACAGUUCAAUGGUAUGCUGGAGAGCUCCUCUGCAAAGUUCUCAGCUAUCUGAAGCUUUUCUCCAUGUAUGCCCCAGCUUUCAUGAUGGUAGUGAUCAGCCUAGACCGCUCCCUGGCCAUCACGAGGCCUCUAGCUGUGAAAAGCAAUGGCAAGCUCGGACAGUCCAUGAUUGGCUUGGCAUGGCUCCUCAGUAGUAUCCUUGCUGGACCACAGUUAUACAUCUUCCGGAUGAUCCACUUAGCAGACAGCUCUGGGCAGACAGAUGGUUUCUCUCAAUGUGUCACACACUGCAGUUUUCCACAAUGGUGGCAUCAGGCCUUUUAUAACUUUUUCACCUUCAGCUGCCUCUUCAUCAUCCCUCUUCUCAUCAUGUUAAUCUGCAAUGCAAAAAUCAUCUUCACCCUGACACAGGUCCUUCAUCAAGAUCCCCACAAAUUACAACUGAAUCAAUCUAAGAACAAUAUACCAAGAGCUCGGCUGAGGACCCUAAAGAUGACAGUUGCAUUUGCCACUUCAUUUACUGUCUGCUGGACUCCCUACUAUGUCCUAGGAAUUUGGUACUGGUUUGAUCCUGAAAUGUUAAAUAGGGUGUCAGAUCCAGUAAAUCACUUCUUCUUUCUUUUUGCUCUUUUAAAUCCAUGCUUUGAUCCACUUAUAUACGGAUAUUUCUCUCUGUAAUUGGUAGAAUACGCAGGAAGUCAUGUGAAAAAGAGCAUGGUAGUGAAUUUCAUCAAAUGAGAAUAAUAAACACAAAGGUUGCAGCGUUUUUAUAUAAAAACAAAGCAGAGUUUAAUGUUAACAUUCUUAUUCUUUUAGAAAUCACAUUGUCAGAAAUUCAAAUAUAAAGAAAAAAAUACAAAGAAAAAGAAAAUUCAAGAAAAAUAAAAUAUUACCUCAUAAUCAUAAACUGAACUAAUUUCUGCCCUUUCUGAACUCCUAUGUUAUAUAGAUUUCUUAUCAUUUUCUCCCUGUCUAAUAAUGUGUAAAUUUUUAAAAGAGCCAUGGCCUAAGCAAAGAGAUUCCAAAAAGUAAGGCUCAGAAACCACAACACAGUCUUAACCUAGGCAUGCCUUUGAGAGUUUUAUUCCAAGGGCUUAGCAGCAAUUAUAUCUUACACUACAAUAAUAUGCAAAGCACAGAGUAUUUCCCCUGCCCAUAAGAUC